AUGGCAGUCAUCAUGCGAAGACUUACUAAAGAGGAAGAGAAGAAAAAGCAGGACGAAAAAGACCGUGAUUACUUCAAGUCACGUCGCGUCAGGGCUGAAGAUGUCCAGAUGCCAUGGCUUGAUGAGGUGUGUCGACGAACACAGAUAAAGAACGGCAUUGUCAUUGUUGGUUUCAUUCUCGGCGUUAUGGCUUGCGGUCUCGUUGUCUGGCACAGCAUGCGCGAUGUCGGCUUCUAUCACUAUUGCGAGGCUUACCACGACAACUUUACAUCAUGGAAUGACAGUGUAUGGACGAAGGAAGUUGAGCUUGGUGGCUUUGGCAACGGUCAGUUUGAGAUGACUACCGCCACAGAUGAGAACGUCUACCUCGAGAACGACGAGCUUGUCAUCAAGCCUACCCUUCAAGACGAGAAGUUGAUCAUGAACAACACCACCAUCAUGGAUCUUCGCCACAUGGGCUGUACUGGUUCCCAGUGGUACGACUGUUACACCGGUACCAACACGACCAACGGCACUAUCAUCAACCCAGUCAAGUCUGGCCGCAUCAACACCAAGCUCGGCGCCAAUAUCAGAUACGGUCGCCUCGAAGUCGUCGCAAAACUUCCUCGCGGUGAUUGGCUUUGGCCUGCUAUCUGGAUGUUGCCCAAGGAUAAUGUGUACGGCCCAUGGCCUCGCUCAGGCGAGAUUGACAUUGCCGAAUCACGAGGCAAUGCUGUCGGCUACUCCAAAGGCGGUAUCAAUUACAUAUCCAGCUCGCUGCACUUUGGCCCCAAUGGCAAGUACAACGGCUGGUGGCGCAACAACGUCAAGCGUCACGCUCUGCACACGACAUUUGCAGCGGACUACAACACGUUCGGCAUUGAGUGGUCCGAAAAGUACAUCUUCACAUACAUGAACUCGCGCCUCCUACAAGUCAUGUACACGAAAUUCAAGCACCCCUUCUACGAAGUCGGACAGUUCCCGCUCUCGGACCCCAACGGCACCCGUCUCGACAACCCCUGGGCGGACAGAAAAGGCAACAGCGCGCCGUUUGACCAAGACUUUUACCUCAUACUCAGUCUGGGCGUUGGCGCAACAAACGGCUGGUUUGUAGAUGGCGAGGCUGGGAAGCCUUGGCUCGACAAGAAUUACCGGGCCAAGAUGGACUUUUGGGAGGCUAGGGAGAGCUGGCUGCCGACGUGGGAAGAUGAGGGUAAGAUGAGGAUUAAGAGCAUUACUAUGUGGCAGCAGAAGGGGUAUAAUGGGUGUGGGACUGAUGCGAAGAAAGUUUUGAGUGGUAGUAAGGGUCCGCUGUAUUGA